AUGGGAUGUACAUCUUCAAUAGAAUAAAGUACUAUGAUAUCUAGUAAAGCUGGAAAGCCUAAUUUGAUGAAAUAAAUGUCAACAAGCUCUAUCAUUUGUUAUAAGAACUCAAAAAUAAGAGAAAAUAUUACAAUUCUUAAUUAGGGGAAAUCAUAGCUUGAUUGUUAAUUCAUCACAUAGGUAUUAAAAAAACACUAUAUAUUUUAUUAAUUGAAUGAAGAAUCUAUAUAGAAGAUGAUUAAACAUAUGUUUUAUUGUUUGAUUAAACAAAAUCAUCAUUUAUACUAAAAUAUCAAUACUCCAUCUUGUAUGUUUCUUAUUGAUAAAGGUUAAUUGAAAACUUAAAAUUUCACACUAUUUCAGCCAGGUUCUAUUGUUGGUGAAGAUAAUUUAUUAUUAGGAUAAAUAAAAUUUAUAGAAGCUAAUGAAGACACUUAUAUGUGGGGUUUAGAUAUAAUUUAAUUCAAUAAAAUAAUUUAAUGGAUUACAUCCCAAUCUUUUAUUAAUAAUCGAGCAUUCUUAUAACAAUAAUAUUUAUUUUAAUAUUUCAGCUAAAAUUAACUAGAUGGAAUAGCAGCAAAUAUUUUAUAAGUUCAAUAUUCAAAAAAUCAAGUGAUGUUUUCAGAUGAUGCAUAUGUAAUAAUUAAGAAUGGUGAAGCAUCUUUAUUUAAAGGUAAUCAAUUUUGUAAAACUCUUUCUCGUAGAGAUACUUAUGGUACUUUAUAUAAAUUGAAUAAACCUAAAAAUACUAAGGUUAGAUCAGUGAUAGAAACUUAAUGUCUUAUUCUAACCUAAUCAAAAUUAAUAGAAGUGAUAGGUUUUAAUAUUUAAAAACAAAUUUAUUAAGCAAUAAUAAGAUUUGUUUUGAUUGAAAUUGAAUUGCCAGGGUUAGAAAUAGAAAAAAUUUUAGAAAAAGAAUAAUAUAAAUUAAAGAUUUAUAAUAAUGAAUCUAUACGAUAAAGGUAAAUUCAUGAAGACCUAAGUAUUAUUGUUGAUGGAACUGUUGAUUGUGAGGGAGAAACUUUAAAAUUGGGAGAAUUUAUUUCAGACCAAUUUGAUAAUUCAGUUUAUAUUGCAAAUGGAACUAUUGCAAUUAUUUAAAGAGAUUCUCUAUAUAUUGAAGAUUAUAUUAUAGAACAAAAUUCAGAUGAUGAAUUAAUGCAAUAUAAACCUAGAUUUUCUGAAUUGAAGCAGUUAUAAAUUAUUAGAAGAAAUUAUAAUAAUGUUGUUAAUUUAGUUUAAUUCAAGUAAUAAAACUACAUUCUCAGAUAAAUACAUAAAUUUUCUCAAUAAAAAACCUAAUAAGAAAGAAGAAUGAAAUAAUAAAAAAAAAUAUUUGAAAUUCUCAAGUGUCCUCAUCUAUCUACAUAUUAUCAAUUUUAUGAGGAUAGUGCCUCUUACUAUUUCUUAUUUCAAUUUAUAGAUGGAACUCUCUUAUCUGAGAGAAAAUUAAAAUUACCAUAGAUUUAAUCAACUAUAUAACAAAUGAUAAGUAUUUUAGAGGCUUGCUAUAAAAAUUCAAUUAUUUGUCGAUCUGUCAAAUUAGAUAAUUUCUUGAUUGAUUAUUAAGGAAAUAUCUAUUUAAUAAAUCUGUUAAAUGCAAAACAAGCAUCUAGAACCUAUACAAUUAUUGGAUCACCACAUUAUAUGGCUCCUGAAAUCCUUGAAGGAAGAGGGUAUGAUUGUAAUAGUGAUGUCUGGAGUUUAGGUGUAUGUUUAUAUGAACUUUUAUUUGAAUAAGUACCUUAUGGUUAAGCACUUGAUGAUCCAUAUUAAAUUUAUGAAGAAAUUAUAGGUUCAUCUGAUAUUGAAUUUCCAGACAGUUAUAAUGAUGAAUCAGGUAAACAUUUAAUGAAAUAAUUAAUAAACAAAAAUGUAUAUCAAAGAAUAGGGUCAAAUUUUGAUUAACUCAAAAACCACUCUUGGUUCAGUUAAUUAGAUCUAUAAAAUAUAUCUCCAAAUGAAUCAUUAUUAGAAUUAAGAUGUUGA